UAAACCUACAUUAAUUUUCAACGUUAAACGUUGUUUAAUUUCUUACAUUGCUAAUUUUGUAUAUAAACAAGCAGUCCAAAAACAAACAAAAGUGUUCUUAAUAAAUACGACCAUUAUUAUUGGUAUGACAUUUAAUUUGUAUCAAAAUGGCUCAAUCAACAGUGAGAGACUUACUGCAAAUAUUCAAAAGUUGUGUGGCAGCAGUACUACCUCAAAAUCUAAUAAGACAAACUGUUAAAUACAAUCCUGCUAACCAAGAAUUAACGAUUGUCGAUAGAACGUAUGACUUACAAAAAGAAAACAUUUACCUAGCCGGAACCGGAAAAGCGGUGCAACAUAUGGCACGAGAAAUCGAGGAAAUUCUAAAUUCGAAAAUUAAACGUGGAGUUGUGAGCAUACCGCAAGGCAGCUUGAACCAGUAUACAAAUAAAAUAGUGCAAUAUUUGGAAGGGGCUUCUAACAAUUUACCUGAUAAAAAUGCCGUAAAUACUUCUAUAAAGAUUAAAGAAAUGGCUACAAAGCUUAACAAGGACGAGUUGUUAUUAGUUUUAAUAUCCGGUGGAGGGUCAGCAUUGCUGUCUUUGCCGAAGCUGCCAGUGACUUUAGAUGAGAAAACUAGCUUGAUUAAAAAGUUAGCAAAUUCAGGUGCUGAUAUAAAGGAACUUAAUACUGUUAGGAAAAAGUUGUCAGACAUCAAAGGAGGCCAAUUAGCAAUAGCAGCUCAACCAGCUAAAGUGAUAUCUUUGAUUCUUUCCGAUAUAGUAGAUGAUCCUAUAGACUUAAUAGCUAGUGGACCUACAGUGGAAAAUACAGAUGAUUAUUUAAAAGCUUUAAGUAUUAUAAAAAAGUACAAUUUAUAUGAUACUCUUCCGGAAUCAAUUAGAAAGGUACUUGAAAGCAAAGAGGGAGAAAGACAGUUUCCAAAGAACAAUGUCAAUAAUUACAUAAUAGGUUCAAAUAAAUUAAGUAUUAAAGCUGGUGUAGAGGAAGCAAAGCAACUAAAUUAUCAUCCAAUUGAACUCUCAAAUUCUGUAACUGGAUAUCUUAAGGAUAUAUCACGGAAAUAUGCAGUACUGACUAAGGUUUAUUGUGAACUUCUAGAAGGGAAAACUAAUAUUGAAGUUACAAAAAGUAAUAUUCAAUUGUUAAAAAUUCCUGGAUUAAACAUUGAAAAUAUACAAUUUACUGAUAAAGAUAUUUGUUUAAUACUAGGAGGAGAGAUUACGGUUAAAGUUACAGGUAAUGGGAAAGGGGGGCGAAACCAAGAAUUAGCUCUACAAUUUUCAAAAGAUAUUAAUGAUUUCAAAGACCUAUUACACAAUUUUGAAGUCUACUUUCUAAGUGCAGGAACUGAUGGUAUAGAUGGACCUACAGAUGCAGCUGGGGCUAUUGGAUAUUUAGGCUUAAUUGGCAAUGCUGAAAAGGAAAAUGUUGCUGUUGAAAAAUUCAUUUUGGAUAAUGAUUCCUAUAAUUUUUAUAAGAAGUUUCAGAAUGGUUGCUUUCAUGUAAUAACUGGACAUACAGGUACAAAUGUUAUGGAUAUACAUUUGAUUGUUAUUAAAAGAAAAACCAAGUAA